UCUGGUCGUAGCGAAUUACAAUUAGGAAUGCAAAAGACCACAGCGACCGGAGCAGGAAAACUGGAAACCCUAGUCUCUGCAAUCGUCGUCUAGGUUCAUCGCGUUUGUUUUAGAAUGGCGGAUUCUCCUCGUAGAAGGUCUUCACGUUCUCCUUCCCCUUGGCAAGGAAAUUCCACCAGAUCUAGAUCCAGGUCCAGGUCCAGAUCAAGACCCAGGUCCCCAUCCCGCUCUAGGUCAAGGUCUGGGAGUCUUGUCAGGGAUGCUGCAAAUCCUGGAAAUACACUCUAUGUAACUGGUCUGUCUACUAGAGUCACAGAAACGGAUCUUGAAGAUCAUUUCUCUAGGGAAGGAAAGGUAAUUUCAUGUCGACUGGUUGUGGAGCCUCGGACACGCAUAUCUCGGGGUUUUGCUUUUGUGACCAUGGCCACCUUAGAGGAUGCUGAACGCUGCAUCAAGCAUCUUAAUCAGUCAGUUCUGGAAGGCCGGUAUAUAACUGUGGAGAAGUCAAGGAGGAAACGCCCGAGGACACCUACACCUGGAAACUAUCUUGGAAUGAAAAGUUCCAGGGAGUCGAGUUAUCGUGGUGAUCGUGGUCGGUACCGUGGUGGCUAUGGCCGUGAUGAUUAUGGAUACCGGAGGUCUCCUAGGCGCUCACCUUAUCGAGGGGGCCGUGAUUAUUCUCCUAGGCGCUCUCCUUAUGGUGGUAGACCAAGAAGAGAACGGUCUAGGUCGCUUACUUACUCUCCAUAUGGUAGCCCAGAAAGGGGCUAUGGGCGUAGGGCUAAUGUAUAUCCAAGGUAAGAGAUGGUUCUUAGACCAAAUAGUCCUGCUUAGAGGUCAGAUAGAGAUCCUUUGGCAAAUUAUCAUUUUUACUGUCCUGAAUUUGGUAUAUUGGAGAUAUUGGAUAAAUCUGAUUAUUUGUUUGUUUUAGUAGAUGAGCCCCAUUGCCACCUUAUUUCAA